GCGUGGGCGUGACGUCACCGAAGCCCUCCAGCCCUGGCAGAGGGAUGCUGGUAAUGUCUGCAAAUGAAAAAAAUAAAUGAUAAAGCAAUAUAGAGGAAAAUAGACGGCCGUCCGUUUCUAUUCGCUUCUGUUUUUAUUUUUAACCGGACGCCGUUUGGACGGACAUCUGCACGCGCGUCUUCGUUUUGGCCAGACGGGAUAAAGCCACAGAUGGUCACAAUAGGUGUUCCACGUUAGCCACAGAGAGUCACGGACAGACCGUCCUUCCCUGACAGAGGAAAGCUCCCAUUCUAGUGUGGAGAAAAAAGCAGGAGGCAAGCCUUUACAUGAGACGAGGAUGAUGGUUUGUUAAUGUCAGCUUGGUUGUGAGUCUCGCUUGAAAUCUGUGCUGUCUCUGCUUGCUCUGCUGCUUGAAGCCUGUCAAGAUGUACGGCAGCUCCCGCUCGGUGAGCAAAAUGGACGGCAAUCACAGCGGAAGCCGGGCUAAUCAGGGCAACACCGGGCGUUCUCCGCGCCUGCCGCGCUCGCCCCGUAUGGGCCACCGCCGCACCAACAGCAUGGGAGGCAGCGGGGGUGGGCCUGGAGGCUCUGGAGGCAAGACCCUCUCCAUGGAGAACAUCCAGUCCCUCAACGCUGCUUACGCCACAUCCGGCCCCAUGUACAUGAGUGACAACGAGGUGGCCCUUGCCACCUCUUCUGACAUCCCUAAAAGCAGCGCUGCCACUGGGCGCUUCGGAGGUAGCAUCCCCUACGGCGUGCGCGGGACAGUCAUGGGCAGCACUCCGGAUAUGGCCAUGGUGCCAGCCGUGUCCACCGACUCCAUGGGCUUCGGUAGCGAACUCCACACAGCCUCCACCGUCCCGCACUCCCUGCGCCAGGCCCGUGACAACACCAUCAUGGAGCUCCAGGCACAACUGAAGGAGGUGCUAAGGGAGAACGAGCUUCUGCGGAAGGAGGUGGAGGUGAAGGAGAGCAAGCUCAGCUCCUCCAUGAGCUCCAUCAAGACCUUCUGGAGCCCCGAGCUGAAGAAGGAGCGAGCACUGCGCAAGGAUGAGGCCUCAAAGGUGGCUGUGUGGAAGGAGCAGUACCGCGCCGUGCAGGAGGAGACUCAGCACCUGCAGACCACCGUGCAGGCCUUGCAGGCCGAGCUGCGCAUCCAGCGAGAUCUGAACCAGCUGCUGCAGCCGCCUGGUGAGCCUCUGGCAUGUGAGCCGGGCGAGGAGCACGAGCGGCAGGCGCGGGAGCUCUUCCUGAUGCGUCGCACACUGGAGGAGAUGGAGCUGCGGUUGGAGACCCAGCGGCAGACACUGGCUGCCCGUGAUGAUUCCGUCAAGAAGCUCCUGGAGAUGUUGCACAGCAAAGGGCCGUCAACCAAGGCCAGCGAGGAGGACCACGAGCUCACCUGCCGCUUGGCUGACGCUGAGAUGCACGCACAUCACCUGGAGAACAUGCUGGAGCAGCGUGAUAAGGAAAUAGUGGCUUUGCGUGAGGAGCUGCAUCGCCACCUUGAAGGGACGCCAGAGUCUACAAAAACCAAAGCUCUGCAAACCGUCAUAGAGAUGAAGGAUUCCCAGAUCAACUCUCUGGAGCGGGGCCUGAGGGAGCUGGAGGAUCAGGUUAUGAUGCUGCGCUCCAGUAGCAUGCUCAGCUGCGAGGAGCGACAAGAGGAGGUCAAGCAAAUGGAGGUGUACCGCAACCACACCAAGUUCAUGAAGAACAAGAUGGACCAGGUGAAACAGGAUCUGUCCAGGAAGGACACCCAACUCCUCGGACUGCAGACCAAACUGGAGACCCUGACCAACCAGUUCUCUGAUAGCAAACAGCACAUUGAGGUGCUCAAAGAGUCCUUGACUGCCAAAGAGCAGCGUGCAGCCAUCUUACAGACCGAGGUGGAUGCGCUGAGGUUGCGUCUUGAGGAGAAGGAGACUCUGCUGAACAAAAAGAGCAAGCAGAUCCAGGACAUGUCAGAGGAGAAGAGCACACUCAACGGAGAGAUCCAUGACCUCAAGGACAUGCUUGAUGUCAAAGAGCGCAAAAUCAAUGUUCUACAAAAAAAGAUUGAGAACCUCCAAGAACAGCUGAGGGACAAAGAAAAGCAGAUGGGCAGCCUGAGAGAAAGAGUGAAGUCUCUUCAGACGGACACCUCUAACACAGAUACAGUCCUCACCACCCUGGAGGACUCACUGGCUGAGAAGGAGCGCAUCAUCGAGCGUCUGAAAGAGCAGCGUGAUCGGGAGGAGAGGGAGAGGUCUGAGGAGCUGGACAGCAGCAAGAAGGAGCUAAAAGAGCUGAAGGAAAAAGUGAGCUUACUGCAGGGAGACCUCUCAGAGCGAGAGACUUCUCUACUGGACCUCAAAGAGCAUGCAUCAUCCUUAGCCUCGUCUGGGCUAAAGAAAGACUCCAAACUGAAAACCCUAGAGAUUGCCCUUGAGCAAAGGAGGGAAGAGUGCUCUAAACUGGAAAACCAGCUGAAGAGGGCCCAAAAUGCAGCCGUGGAAGCACAGGCCAACUCAGAGCUCUCAGAGCGCAUCGCCUCGCUGGAGGCUGAUGUGACCAGGCACAGAGAGGAGUCUGGAAAGGCCCAGGCUGAAGUGGAUCGCCUGCUAGACAUCCUGCGCCAGAUGGAGAAUGAGAAGAAUGAUAAGGACAGGAAAAUCAAUGAGCUCGAGAGUGUGGCUUCCAGGCAGAUGAAGGAGCAGGGAAAAAAACCCUCCGGAAAGCACAGAGAGCCGGCCAGCAAGGGCCGAAACACCAGCGAUGCCCCACAACAGUCUCAGGAGUCUCUGCGGCAGAAGUCAGAGCGGAUUGAGGAGUUGGAGGAGGCCCUGAGAGAGAGUGUGCAGAUGACGGCUGAGAGAGAGAUGGUGCUGGCACAGGAGGAGGCAGCACGCACCCACCAUGAGAAACAGAUGGAGGAGCUGCUUGGAGCGAUGGAGAAAGUGAAGCAGGAGCUCGAGUCCAUGAAAGCUAAGAUGUCGUCCACACAGCAGUCUCUGGCUGAGAAGGAGGCCCAUCUGACCACGCUGAGGGCCGAGAGGAGGAGGCACCUGGAGGAGGUGUUGGAGAUGAAACAGGAGGCUCUGCUGGCUGCCAUCAGUGAGAAGGAUGCUAAUAUCGCCCUGCUGGAGCUGUCCUCAUCCAAAAAAAAGAAGACGCAAGAGGAAGUGGCCCAGCUGCGAAGGGAGAAGGACCGUCUGGUGCAGCAGCUCAAACAGCAGACACAGAACCGGAUGAAGCUCAUGGCGGGUAAUUAUGACGAUGGCCACCUGAAAACGCCACCUGACCAGACAAACCACAAACCUCCGAAAUCUCCCGAUCAGAUGAAACCUGGGCGGAGAGCUGCAGUGCACAGGAGCUCCACAUUAGCUUACCGUACAACCAGAGAGGACCCAACCCACCUCCCAUCUGUUUCUGUAGAACCAACCCUGCCCACAUAUCACCACACCAAGGACCAAGGACACUCAGAUGUCUGAGCCUGGGUUGGUGAGAGUCAGACUGACGCUGUGACCAUGGCCUGGACUCAUCUUAAGACCAGCAGUGAAUGGGCCUGUCCUCCAGUAGCCACCAGCCGUGAUCUGACCCUCUUCUCUCCAGCUUCGUCACUCUCUCUCUCUAUGCCCUCUGUUCUCCUCUCCUCUCUGCUCUUAUCCUAUGAUCUAAAGACCACAACAAGCCUAAAAUAGCCCUUCUCGUGGUCUUAAAAGCCCCAGUCAAGAGAUUUUCUAUCAGGAGUUUAUUGAGCUAAAUUACAUGUAAAUUGAUUGUCUUUGAUCUACUCAAUCCACAACACCUGUAUAUACUAAGUUGUUUGAGCUUAAAAUCAACUCCUAGACAAAUGAUGUUCAAAAAAGCAAAUCAAAGGUGGUUUUGAAUCCACCAUUAAUACACAACAAAACAGUGUAAAAAGAAGAAAAAAAAAAUGUUCAAAACAAUCUUGUCGGGGCUUUUUCGCUGAUGCAGCUGUCAAAUUCAGCACCUUUAGUUGAAUUGUGAAUGCAAUUUUUUCAUUUUAUACUUUUGAUUACUGUGUUACGUCAUCACGGUUGAUUACAGACUUAGAAUGUCCAGCAACCUGAUGGGUGGUGCUAUGUAAACAUUUCCAAGUAAUCUGAAUGCCAAACCGUUGUAUAAAGUAAUGUGCUAAUUUGACAGCUGUAUCUGCUGCCAGGCUUGUUCACUCGUUGGAGUUUAGGUAGCUACUUUCUUGCACUUCCUUACUGGUUGUACACUUCUUUUGACAAUACUGAACUGAAAACCUUUAGUACACGUCCAUAAGCAUCAUCCAAGUGUUGAAAGAGAUCUGUCAUCUCACCACGUACGACGUCCGUGGUGCAAAAUCAGGUACUGUACAUGUCACUUAAUUCCAAACGUAACAGCUGCUAAAAAUCAAUAGACAAUAUAAUGUGUGUGAAAGUAUUUUGUAGUGCUCAUGACGGAGUCGUACAACUCUCGUGAGGUGGCUGUGGGGUUUCAGUUUAAGUGUUAUUAUUCUCUGUAUAUGCAGAAGAAGCACAGAGGUCCACUGUAGCAGCUCUUUCAAUAAACGUAGGCUCCAAGUAUCAUCAUAUCAUAUCUAGAGGUCUGGUUUAUGGGAGCACAUUGCUGGUUUUAUGUACUCUCAUAAACAGAGAUGUCAUUUUGUCUCUCUCUCUUGCAGUAAUUUUUUAUGUUGCAUUUGUGGCCUAUUGUCUUUGUGUAUUGAAAAAAAAGAUAGUUCUCUCUAAAAAAAAAAAACAAACAAACAAAAGAAAUAAGAUAAAAGAUGAAAAGACGGGUAUGAGCAUUCUGACUUUGUAUAAAUGUGUAUGUAUAUAAAUAUGUAUUAUCAGUG